AUGACAUCAAUGGAAGAAUCGUGGACUAGUUGGCUAUGUGAUAUGGAAGCAGACGAUUUCAUCAAUCAACCAGACAAAAACUUUGAUGAUGGAAGUUUAGCAUCUCAUUGUCAAGAUAUAGCCAGUGCCCUACAGCAGGAGAACCCGCAAAGGGCUUUCUCUACCGAGAGUCACUGUUCUUAUGCCACCUUCAACAUCGAAAACACCAGCAUCGUGAACAAUAAUUCUUCAGUGACAGAGAGGCCUUCUGAGGUACUCAAUACUUGCAGCACAAACUCACAAAAAAGGGGUUCUUUUCCCUGGUCCUACAUUCUUUCGUUUGAUAACGCGAAUACACCAUCAAUAAAGGUUGAAUCAGCAUUGAAACAAGAAAGCAAGGUUGUGAAUCAUAAGAGACCUUUGCCUUCAAAGAAUGAACUGAGACACGUUGUGAAUCCUCACCACACACAUGAUCACAUAAUUGCUGAAAGAAAAAGGAGAGAAAAAAUUAGCCAGCUUUUCAUAGCUCUCUCAGCCCUUAUUCCAGGCCUCCAAAAGAUGGACAAAGCUUCUGUGUUAGGGGACGCUAUAAAGUACGUGAAAGUGCUCAAGGAGCAAGUGAAACAAAUGGAGGAACAGAGCAAAAGGAGAAGCGUAGAAUCGGUGGUGUUUGUGAAGAAAUCUCAGCUCUCUGCGGACGAUGAUGUCAUCUCAGAUACAUCCUCAAAUUCCUGCGAUGGAAACUCCGAUGAUCCAUCGAAAAUAAACCUGUCACUGCCAGAAGUUGAAGCAAGGGUGUCAGAGAAGAACGUGCUGAUUCGAAUCCACUGCCAGAAAGAAAAGGCAACGCUGCUUAACAUAUUUAGAGAGAUUGAGAAACUUCAUCUCUCAGUUAUCAAUAACAGUGCAUUUUAUUUCGGUUCCUCCGUUCUGGUCGUAACCGUCAUAGCCGAGAUGGAGGGUGAGUUCAACAUGAGCGUGAAUGAGCUAGCUAAGAACAUCAGAGUAGGACUGAUGCAAUUUAUGUAG